GACGUUGGUUACACUGUCAAAAGUGGUGAUACGAACAUUUUUUUCGUAACCUUUCAUUAUUUACGUGAACUUUUUUUUGGUUUUACGUAUAUUUUUUUCCCCGUAAAAAUGGUGCAUUUUAUUAGGCGUAAGUAAAUAACACUUAAAAUUACAAGUAUUUUUUUUCGUUUUUCUAUUUGAGCGCCGUGUUCAAACCCCCCAGUCACAUCGGCGUCCGGUGCGAACCGCAAAACGACUUCGUUCAAGUUUGGAUUAGCGAAACGCACUAAACGAUACACGCCCGUCCAUUGUUUGCGGGACGAGUCGUCUUGUUUUUGUCAACAAACACGAAUACAGUCUGUGAGUAAACCAAAAACACUUUAAAUACGUUUACUACUACUAUUGAAACGCGUACGAAGUUAUAACAUAACUAAUUUUUUUGUUAUUAAAUAUUUAAAAAAAUUUAAUUAAAAAAAAAAAGCAUAAAUAACAGAGUUUAAAAUGAGUGACGAGAGCAACCCUCGUACGCUUUAUGUCGGCAAUUUAGACCCGUCCGUCACCGAAGAGUUGCUGUGCGCAUUAUUUACUAAUAUUGGUCCAGUAAAUGCGAGCAAAGUAAUACGUGAACCGGGUAGCGAUCCUUAUGCGUUCCUCGAAUUCGAAACCCACUCGGGUGCGGCCACGGCAUUAGCCGCAAUGAACGGCCGUCUCUUUUUGGAUAAAGAAAUGAAAGUGAAUUGGGCUACGACACCCGGUAAUCAGCCCAAGCUCGACACGAGUAAUCAUUAUCAUAUAUUUGUCGGGGACCUGAGUCCCGAAAUUGAAACUCAUACUCUGAAAGAGGCUUUUGCGCCGUUCGGAGAGAUUUCCAACUGUCGCAUUGUACGCGAUCCACAAACGUUAAAAUCCAAGGGAUACGCUUUUGUAUCGUUUGUGAAAAAAUCUGACGCGGAAAAUGCGAUAAAUUCGAUGAAUGGCCAAUGGCUGGGCAGCAGGAGCAUCCGGACUAAUUGGUCCACUAGAAAACCUCCUCCGCCCAGGGCUCCAAACAAGUACAGUGGCUACCGAGCAGUCACAUUUGACGAUGUGUACAAUCAGUCAAGUCCAACGAAUUGUACAGUGUAUUGUGGAGGUAUUGUUGAAGGCUUAACCGAAGAGCUGGUUGAACAGGUGUUUUCGCGAUUCGGUACUAUUGUCGAAAUCAGAGCGUUCCGAGACAAAGGUUAUGCGUUCAUUAAGUUUUCGACAAAAGAAGCCGCAACAACUGCUAUUGAAGCAGUACAUAAUACAGAAAUAAAUGGACACCCGGUCAAAUGUUUCUGGGGCAAGGAAUCUGGUGAUCCAAACAGUGCAGCUAAUCUAGCAGCUCAGGCGGCCGCCAGUACAGACACCACCGGUGGUCAAUAUUCAUACAAUAUGGCAUACAAUCAAGGGAUGAAUUACUGGUAUCCAUAUGCUCAAAUGCAAGCAGGCCAAUAUGUGCAGGGCAUGCAAGCUAGUUAUGGCGGUGCGGCUGCGUACAGCCAGUACACUGGAUACCCAUACCAAAUGGCUAAUGCUACUGCAUAUCAAAUGGGUAAUGGAACUGGACAGGCUGCCAAUGGACAACAGAUAUCUACACCGGGCAAUAUGCAACCUGCUGGCGUUUACUCGAUGCAGUAUCAGAGUCAGUGACGGUCGAUAAAAUAGAUUUCUUGAAGUGUCGAAAUCUUAAAUGUUUUCUCAUUCGUGCUCUGUAUAUACAUUAAAACAAAUACUAAAAAUAUUAGAAAACAAAUGUAUGGAAAAUAAACAUUAUCAAUUUAAUUUAACCCGCUGUUCCAUUAUUUAUAGCACAUGGCCUUGUAAGUUGUAAGUUUAUUAUUAUUAUGAUUAUAAUUUUUUUUUUUUUAUAUAUAUAU